CAUGGAAGUGGGAGUGCGCGUGCUAGGCAUAGUGCUGAGGCUACUGAACCUGCUUCUCGCGCCUUUGUUUUGGUUGCGCUCGCGCGACAGACGCCGCCUGACGCCGCCUGCGCCGCUGCUGUUGCGCAGUGCAACGCAGCACGCCGCUGCCGUCAGGAACGGUGAGAUAACCAGCGAAAAACUGGUGACCGUAUACAUAGGGAGGGUUAAAGAAGUGAAUCCUCUACUAAACGCUAUAGUGGAAGAGCGGUAUAGAGCAGCCUUAGAAGAUGCUAAGGAGGUUGAUCGCCGGAUACGAGAGGCACGACAAAAUGGCACUCUGGAGCAAUUGGUGGAGGACAAACCUAUACUGGGAGUACCGUUUACGGUCAAAGAGAGCUGCUCACUUGGUGGACUAUCCAACUCUGUGGGCUGCCUCGAAUUCGCGGGCCGUAAAGCGACCAAUGACGGCGAGGCGGUGCGGCUGAUGAAGCGAGCCGGCGGUAUACCGCUGCUCGUGUCUAACACGCCCGAACUAUGUCUCGGAUGGGAGACUACUAACUUACUGCGGGGUACUACUAACAACCCGUACUGUCUAGAUAGAACACCUGGUGGAUCGUCUGGCGGAGAGGGUGCCCUAUUAGCGUCGGGUGCGUCAGCUGUCAGUGUGGCAUCAGAUAUAGCGGGCUCCAUUCGCUUACCGGCAGCCUUCUGCGGCGUCUUCGGACACAAACCUACCCCUGGUGUGAUACCCAUCGAAGGCCACAUCCCGUCGUUGACGGACCCCCGAUUCCCAAACUACCUGGUAGUAGGACCAAUGGCGAGGAAAGCUGAAGACUUGCAUCUGCUCAUGUCAAUCAUGACAGUGAAUAAGGCCAAGAUGAGGCUGGAUACACCCGUCGACUUGACGCAACUCAAGGUUUACUAUAUGACUGAGGCCACCAUCUCACCAGCUCUGCUAGACGUCGACCCAGCAAUCAAGGAUAGAAUCAGAAGUGCAGCGAAAUAUUUGGAAACGGAAUGCGGAGCUACAAUAUACGAGGAAAAAUUCAAAGACUUGGAAGAUUCGGUUGAAAUAUCAGUGUCAGAGUUCUUCUCUAUGAGAGAUAUUCCUAACAUGUUACAAGACCCCGCGGAUCCAAAGCGCGACAAAAGCCUAUGGCUUGAGUUGUUGAAGUGCUUAUUCGGUGGCGGCAGUAGAUCGCUGCAGGGGCUCGGCUUCACGCUCAUAAGCCGGAAUAAUCUGUUCAUACCAGCCUCCAGGGGAUCCUACUAUCACGCCAAAGCUAACCAGCUGAAAGACGAUUUGAAGAGAACACUCGGCGAUAACGGCGUAUUCCUAUACCCCGUAUACCAUUCGACUGCACAUUACCAUCAUCAAGUAUUCUUACGAGCUUCAGGGGUUUUAUAUACAAUGAUGUUCAACAUAUUAGGCAUGCCAGCCACUUCUGUACCAACUGGCUUGCAUAAAGGACUCCCGACUGCUAUACAGGUUGUAGCAGCGCCAAAUCAGGACAGAUUAUGUAUUGCCGUCGCCAAACAGCUAGAGAUCGCGUUCGGGGGCUGGCGACCCGCCGGGCUAUAAACGCCCAGACGCGACUCACCUUAAAUCGUAACUUAUAUCAUAAGAGAAUGAAUAUCAACAAACCACAAAUAUGACGUGGUCGAUUUUAUACCAGAGAACUAUAUACUAUAAUAAUAAGAUAGUUUCCAAUCGUUAGUUUUGUACCUAAAUAUAUUUAUACAGUACUUAAUAAAUAUAAAGUGACUUCCAAUGAAAUUGAUCUCUAAUUACAUAAAAAUAGAAGUGAAAAUGAUUGAUGACAAGAUUAUAUUUAUGUAAGUAAAUAUUGCACAGAUCUUUUUAACAUACAAGUUUAUACUGCGCUCAACUUAUACUGCUUACAUUUCUAAUUAAUGUAUUUAGUAAUAUCGUGUAAAGAAUUAUUUUUAAGAAACAUUACUGUGAUUUUUUUUAUAUCUUUAAUGGUGUUGUAAAGCCCUUUUAAUAUGUGCGUGUUCUUGUUUAGAAUGAAAUAGUGAGUGAAAUAUAAGGAAAAUAAACUAUUUAAAGAUAUUUUCGGAAAUGUUUAAAAUUGUAAGGUUUUUCGAAAUAAUGAUAAAUAAUCGUUGCACAUAUUCAAAUGGGCCAUUGAGAAAUAUAUAUUUUAUUUUUGUUGGUAUUUGGUUAUUUUAUACGUUAUUGUGUAACUUAACCCAUUGACUAUAUUUAUAUUAUAUUGAUCGUGAUUUUUAUUAUACAUUAUAUUAAUUACCUUUGCCUUUUUUAGAUAGACAGAUAGAUGUUUUUUAAGUUAGGAACAUUCUUUUGGGUCAUUUAUUAAUGAGAUCACAUAAUAAAAAAAAUAUACACUCGGCGUCUAAAAAAAUCGCACCUCCGCAAAAAUAUUAUUGGUAUUAUUCUCCAGCGAGAAGUCCAGUAAUCUCCAGGAGCUCGAAGAGAAAGUUAUUAAGGAAUGAGCCAGUAUUUAUCAAAAAGAGCUAAAAUUGUUAAGAUCCACGAGCGUAUGGAAGCCGUCAUCCGGCAUGGGGAACCUUUUUAUAUUGUUUUUUUUUGUGUAAUUAAACAUUGUUUUUUUUAAGUUUAUGCGCGUGUUAAGGGUUAGUAACGCUUGAAAGAUAUUUUCGCGGUGAUGCGAUUUUUUUGACGCUGAGUGUAUAUACAAAUAAUCCUAAAUAACAGUAUAGGAUCUACUAUGUUAAGGGUUAUUAUUUUCAGUAUUUAACAUAUUUUUUGCUUUUUCAUUCUGUAUUAAAUUACCACAUGAAAAAUGUAAUUUAUAUUAAUGAAAUGCUUAAUUUAGGUUAUGAUCGUCGUAUAUUUGUAAAUAUGUACAACUUUUUGUUAUUUUGAAAAUAUAUUUAAUAUAUUUUACCAGCUUUAGAUUUUAUAUUUUAUUGUGAAUAUGCUCGAUGUAGAGUUACACAAUAAAGACCCUGGUCAUUAACGAGAAAUUUUGUCAUAAGUAAUAAUUACUUUUAUGACGGAAAUAAAUGAUGUCGUAUCCUAUAAUUAUGGCUUAUUUUCUCCACCUCCGCUUGAUAUUUUACUCAAAACGUUUAUUAAAGUGCGCUGUUUACCCGUUAAAUAUUAU